UCCUUAGCAACGCUGUGAAAAAACUGCGCUGACGUCCAUUCUGUUCGGGAGUAUUAUGGUCUGUCGGGAAUUCAGAGUGGCUGGGACUGGAGAAAAAUAUCUGCUCUGCUAGCGUUAGCGUCCACCCAGCUAACGGGAGGUAGCACUGGGGUAAACAUGGAGCUUUCUGCCGUCGGGGAGAGGGUGUUCGCUGCCGAGUCUAUCAUCAAACGCAGAAUCAGGAAGGGUCGCAUUGAAUACCUCGUGAAAUGGAAGGGGUGGUCUCCCAAAUACAGCACUUGGGAACCGGAGGAAAAUAUUCUGGACUCCCGCCUGUUCGCCGCUUUUGAACAGAGGGAGCGUGAAAGGGAGCUCUACGGGCCCAAAAAGAGAGGACCAAAACCCAAGACGUUUCUGCUUAAGGCUCAGGCAAAGGUGAAGUCCAAGUCCUAUGACUUCAGGAGCGAAGCAGUCCGAGGAAUGCGCGUCACCUACCCGACCCCAGAACCGAUUGCCACCCCCAGGGCCAGAGAGGGCCUGAGAGCUGUCGUGCCCACCAUCUUCCCACCGAGUACCGUCAACCGUGGAGAAAGCGUACGCGUCCGACCGCCUGAACUGAGCCCUCGUGAGCACCAGCAGUCUUUGCUUCAUACUAGUUCAGAAGACCUCAUCCACAUACCUAAAAAGAGAGGUCCCAAGCCUAAGCCGCGGUUUAAUGAGGUCUUCUCUGAGCACCAUAAAAGGAGAGGGGAGGAGCAGGAGAGCCACGGCCCUCACAAACUGGCUAAGCUCCAGGGGGGCGAAGACAUGAGGCUGGUCAAACUGGCCCACAGACAUCCAGAGAACCACGGCCACAGCCAUAAACAUCAUUACCACCACCAUCACCACCACCAUCACCACACACAGCGCUCUGGGGAGAGCUCCUACAAACAGCUGUACUCAGACCGCGGCCUGCAUCCUCACAGAACAGACAUGGACACUCACAGGAUAAAGGACGUCUCCGCCUACCUGGUACCUGCACACUUCAAGCACCACUCCAAAAUGAGUCUGAGUCGUCCCGCCGAGCUCCCCCAAAUGGAAAAGCCUUAUUUUCUGGACAGGCCGUCCCCAACGCGGCUCGACGACGACUUGGACGAAGUGACGUGGAGGCCGUCUCUCGGCAACGUGGAGAAGGUCCUGGUGACAGACGUGACCACCAACUUCCUGACGGUCACCAUCAAGGAGAGCAGCACUUCUAAAGGCUUCUUCAAGGACAAAAGAUGACUGACUGAUGCUCUGUUUUCUGACUUUCAGCAGAUCUGAAGUUUAUAGGACAUGGUGGGAUUAUCAAGCAACGCAGAUUUUGUAUGUAAUGUAAAAAGGCAAAUAACAUAAUGUGCAUAUGUGUAUAUAAUAUAAAGCUGGACAUCUAUUUAAUGUAUUGACCAAAUCAAAUGAAGUCCCUUUCACAUUGUGCAAUGGUUAACAUGAGUUGCAUGUUUCCUUUGCAGCGAGUGGCUACUUUCUGUACAGAUCUUGUGACUUUUACUAUUUUGCAUUUAAAACUAACAAGAAUGUAUUUUUUCCACGUUUCUUCCCACCUGAGCUGUGCAGCGAGGAUAUUUAAUUCAGGUUGUGGUCUGAACAAUUCUCUUUAUUUGAACUGAUUUGACUGAAAGGUUUCGCUUGAUUUCAAAUCCUGGAAUAAUAUUUAAAAAUUAACUCAAGCACUUUGAAUUUUAAAGUAUUAGAAAAAAUCUUUAUGUUGUCUUCAAAGACCGAGUUUGCCUCGGAGAUUUCUAAAACCUAAAGUAAAUUAACAAAUUCAACACACUCUGAAGUUUUCCCAAAGUUAAUAUAACAUUUUCCAUUAACAUAGUUCCUAUAUUUUACAUUUUCAUAGAAAAACGAUCAUACAGCUUUGUUGUAACUGACAAAAAAAGAGGUUGUUGUCAAACUGCUUUUUAGACGCUUUUCAAUAAAUCAUUUGAAUUUCUCA